GAGUAGUGCUUUUUCCACCGGGUUGUGCGGAACGGCAGCCGCGUAGUAGCGCAUGCUGAAAACCGCCCCGCUAUCGAUCCGUCCACAGUCCCCAGCUUGCUCUCGCUUCUCCUCACAAGCCUCGCGCACGUCGCCACCGAGCAACCGUCCUGGCACACGUAUCGGCCGCGAUUUUAUAUACAUUUCCGCGUAACAACAUAUCCUUCCUCGUCCUUCCGUCUAGUUUGCCCGGCCGUUCAGGAGUGCACCAGCAGGUAGAAUCACCAGCGGCAGCGUUAUGGCACGUCGGGGCGAACACUGCAGGGCGAUUUUCCUACUGUGGUGUGUCACGGGCAUAGCGUUUAGUAUCCCCGUCCCUUCGCCGAUGCCGCGACAAGUGGAAGAGCAACGUUAUACCACACGUAGAAUGUCCAAAGUCUACCUGGAAUACCCGACUCCGAAGACGAGAUUACCCUUGCCGGUAGGAUUGAAUUCUGAACUCAAAACAACUACGACCGUGCCCUCAACCACGUCGACUACGCACAAACCGUUUUCCACGGAAGAACCCUUAUAUCGGCUGGAUGGAAGCAACGGACAAGCUUGCAUUCUUCUUCAAGUAGAUGCGCUUAUCACUAUCAAAUAUCGUACAAAACUCGGCGAGGAUCAAGAAGCGGAUAUCUACGUACCUAACGAUGCAAUUGUGACCGGAAAUUGCGAUAAUGAAAACACAGUGACAAUGUCAUUGAAAUGGGAAGCCUUCGUAUUAUCUUGGAGCUUCGCUAAGACACCAGGUGGUGAACGCUGGUACGUCGAGAAAAUCGAACUGACCUAUAACUCCAGUGACAAACACUUUGAACAUAUUGCUCAGCCAAACAAGACUAUUCGACUGAGUACCGGCCAGAAACAUAGCUCCAUGCUAUUUCCCACACCGGUCGGAAAAUCGUACGCUUGUGCCGAAGAAACAGAAAUAGCGCUCACCGACGGCAAAAAUCAUGCCACCGUACUUUUGAGAGACAUGAAGCUGCAACCGUUUAAGUUCAAGAACAACGAGUUUGCUGUUGAAUUUUCAUGCACCUCAUUAAGUGCGCGGGCCAACAGAGAUGAGACUGCGCCAGUUGCAGUUGGCUCUACCUUGGCCGCUGCAGUUCUCUUAACGAUCACCGGUUAUGCGGCCUAUCGAUACUUCAAAGUGAAGAAAGUUCAAUACGACACGAUGGAAUAAACAAACCCCCGGGGAUCCCACUGUCAUGUCGAUGCCAAAGAAGCAGAUUUCGCCAAAAAUUAACAUCGCUCAUGAGUGAGCGACACAAUUUUUUUCGACAUUAUACGCUAGUCGUUUCUGGAAAAGAAAAAGGUGUGUUUUCUCUGAAAUUUUUCCUUUCGGAUAUUUCUCUUUUAAUAGACAUGAAUAUACGACACACAUAUUGACAUAUCUUGUAAUUAUCAUGGAAGGGAUCCGCGAUGAUCUUCGAAGAUACCGAAUGAGUCGAUUAACAGUCAAAUUAAAAUCCGGCUUAGAGCGGGCUCCGUGAGACAAGAUAUCGCGCAUAGAAAUUUUUUAGAUAGACAUAUCUGAAUACAUAUCCAGAUUAUCCCAUCAGAAACGUUAAAAGAUAUAUUUUAAAAUAGAUUUUUAUUACUUAAAGAAAAUUAGAAUCUGAACGUGUCAUAAAAGUAAAAUUGAUUUUUAUUAAUUAAUAUUAUAUGAUUUAUUCUACCGUUUUUGAAAAUGUUAUCGCUAUUUGAUUCCAUUGUUUUAAAAGAAAUAUUUGUUUCAUAUUUUCUUAUAGAUCAUUUGUCUUCAAAACCAGGAAAAGAUCUUGAUGUUUAUAUCGUGACGUUUAUCAAUUUUAUAAUUAAAACAGUCAAUCGAGCAUUAAUACAUAAUUAUAUACACACGGAAUUAGAUAUCAUCGAUUUAUGCGGUAAGUAUUUAUUAUAAAAGUGUCGACAAAUGAUGUAAUGCAAUUUCAUUGCUAGUAUAUGCGCGACAUAUUUGUCAAUCGCAUCGAAUGUCAACAUAUUCGCUUAAGAUUUAAAGAAAAAUGACAUUCGCAUUCGCAAACUCGGAUGGUUGUAUCGAUAGGCUUUCCAAUUCGUAGAUUUUGGUCUACGCAUUGUCAUAUUUGUAUGAGCAUUGGAGAAAAGUACUUUGAAAUCUUGUUAAUCGCGUACAAUUUUUCAUUACGAUAGUUUUUUUGUUGACUACAAGUCUUUAAAUUUCGCAUGAUUUGCUAGAAAAUACACAAAAAAACAUAUACUUUAAUCUCCCGCGAAAUACUUGCAGCAUACAUUUAAGACAAUUGAAUCGUUUCUCUCGGCAUAAUUCUUAUAAUAUAAUGUAUCUUUAUCUUCGUGAAUAUUAUUAUAGGUAUAUAGUAGUAAUCACUAUAUACAUAUAGUAAUAAUAAAUAUAAUACAUAUAACGAUAACUUUAGUUAAUUCAUAUGAAGAAAUCGAAAUGAGACUUUAACAUCUCGGAGACGUGAAAAGGUCCUUCUCGGCAGCUAACGAUGUUAGACGGGUAUACCUAGAUUACAAUUCAUAAGAGUGUAUUAAAAAUGUUAAUACAUUUCGAUGUGACGCCUUAAUUAUCUUGUACAUAGCAAUCCAUAAUUUACAGUUUCGUUCCCAUUUUGUACACCAGUCGUACUCUAUUUAAUUAUGCUUUACUCUCUAUAACGUAGUCUCGUAAGUUACCGGGGUUUGCAAGUUUAAAAAAAUUCUAACAAUAAGAUAUUUAGCUGUAAAUAGAAAAUUUAAUUAGUUCGUCAUUUUCUUUGUUGCUGUUUACGUCUUAAAUGGAUUGAUGAUUUCAACUAGUUUGCAAUUUGAUCUUAAACAUUAUUUGCUUGACUUGAUAUAUUAUUAUACAAAGUAAGAAAUUGUGUACAUAUAUAUGUGCGUGUGUAUACACACGCGCGCACACACAUAUGUACUUAUACAUAGACAUUCUGUAUGUUUGUCAAAUCUUCUUCGGAAUAUUUAUAUGAAUAUGUCAAUUUAAGAAGUGUAAUAAUACAUUUACUGAGAGAGUAAUAAUUUGUAAUAAGGGAGUGGUAUUAUAAAGACACCGUAAAAAUAUUUUAAUUUUUGUCGAUGCGUACGCGCAUCAAUAAUAAAUCACAAACACAUAUCUAUAAAUCAAAUGUAUGAGUGCUGAUACCACGGCUAUGUAUUAUGAAUGAAAUGUUUAAUUUUUAAACAGAAAGAUAAUUAAAAUUUUGAUUCUUACACAAACUUCUAUCGAUCUCUUAUCACAGGAACUUUUGCUCUUCCUGUAUUCUAUACUUUAUGCUGGAUUUUUUCCAAGAAUCCGGAUCUGUAAACUUUCGUAAACGUACACUUAUUAGGAACCUACGAAGAAUUGAUCUUGACGAUAUCCUGGCGUAUAAAAUUCAAAGUUACUGCAAUUUUAUAUUUAUUCAAAUUGCGGUGUUGAGUAGUUAUGAUAUUGCGAGCUUUAAUCAUAUAUAUGAGAUACGAUGGGUGCGAUGUUUAUGAUGAUAAAGGACAAUUUAUUUAUACGUUGAGAAUAGCUGAUCGCUGGCGACGGCACGCGAUGAAUAAUAUAAAUAUUAGCAAGUUAGCAUAUCUAAAUGUAAAACGUAUGCGUCCGCGCGUGCAUGCAUUAAGAAUUAUACAUAUAUUACGCGCGUACAUAUAUGUCGUACAGGUAUAUAAAUAUAUAUAGUAUAUACAUAAAUGAAGAAAAACCUACGUUAUCGAUAUAUGAAUAAUAUAUAAACCUCUGUCUUCCAAGUGCAUAUUAAAGUUAUUUCGUAUGUAAAUAUAUUACGGAUAUCGUAUGUCGUAUUUCCAAGAUUUGUCAAUCGUCGAUUUGUGAAUGUGGCGGGCAGCGUUGUGCGAGUAUCGUGGCGAUUUACCAGAUCUCAAAUAAGAGCUUUGCACCAUCGAUAGAGCCCAGAAAUGACUCGUCGAUUCGACAUCGUUUCGACGUCAACCGACAAGUCAUUUCUUGCUGGGAUGAUCUUUAAUUAAUUUCCUGACUUUACUUAUUUUACAUUAAAUGUGAUUAAUAUGUAUUCCUUGAUUUAAAAGAAAUGUAUAUUAUAAUAAAUCUAGACUGGAUUAUAUUUGCUUUGAAGCAAACGUAUUGUCUGUUGUGUAAAAAGUACUAUGUAAUUCAAUUUAUCACACUUAUUACAUAUCUCGUUAUAAUUUCAAGCUAGUCUGAACCGAAAACCAGAAAGCUGGAAUGACUAUCGUGCGUGCUCGCGGUAUCGUGAUACUAACACAAGGAGGGUCUAGCUGUAGUUAUAAAAAUGUAUUUUUGUGCUAAAGUCAAUCUUAUACCAUAGAUAUUAACGGAUAGCAGCGAUUAAGAAAGUAAGCGGCGCGAUUUAGCGGGUUAUGUCUCGAAGCGAAACGACAAAUUAAUGAGCGGGACAUUCGGUGGAUCUCCUACCGAUUUUGCGCAGUCCUUUAUUUUGUAAAACAAUAUAAGAGAUGCGCACGUGAGGGCAACGCGCAGUGACUUAGACCGCUGAGUCGCGUCGUUUUCACGGUGGAAUGGCGUCAAAUUAUGAAUCAUAUCGCUUGACCUAUAGCCGCAGCGUUAAGUCUUGUAACAAUUAUUAUAAUGCAUAUCCGCGAAGAUUGCGAGAAUUCGGGUUUCACGUAUCAUAGUGUAUCAUACGUCUAUUAAAAUUGUAUCAUAUCGAUAAAAUAAAGGCUGUUAUACAAGUUCACUCAAA